CAGGUUUUGAUUCCCACCAUGGCUAUCACACAGUUUCGGUUAUUUAAAGUUUGCACCUGCCUUGCAACAGUAUUCUCAUUCCUAAAGAGAUUAAUAUGCAGAUCUGGCAGAGGACGGAAAUUAAGUGGAGACCAAAUAACUUUGCCAACUACAGUUGAUUAUUCAUCAGUUCCCAAACAGACUGAUGUUGAAGAGUGGACUUCCUGGGAUGAAGAUGCCCCCACAAGUGUAAAGAUUGAAGGAGGGAAUGGGAAUGUAGCAACACAACAAAAUGCUUUGGAACAACUGGAACCUGACUAUUUUAAGGACAUGACACCAACUAUAAGGAAAACUCAGAAAAUCAUUAUUAAGAAGAGAGAACCAUUAAAUUUUGGCAUUCCAGAUGGUAGCACAGGUUUCUCUAGUAGAUUAGCAGCUACACAAGAUAUGCCUUUUAUUCAUCAAUCUCCUGAAUUAGGUGACUUAGAUACUUGGCAGGAAAAUACCAAUGCAUGGGAAGAAGAAGAAGAUGCAGCCUGGCAAGCAGAAGAAGUUCUUAGGCAGCAGAAGAUAGCAGACAGAGAAAAGAGAGCAGCAGAACAACAGAGGAAGAAAAUGGAGAAGGAGGCACAGCGGCUAAUGAAAAAGGAACAGAACAAAAUUGGCGUGAAGCUUUCAUAACAGAUGUUCUUCACGUGUCAUCGUGCCAGUAGGAGAGAUGUGAGCUCCACAACUCAAGCAGCAUUUAUAUGGAUAUAAGAGUAUUUUCAGAAUACAAAUACAUUGCUUGAUUUUUAAUGCAUUCAUCAGACCAUCUAGGACACCAGGAUUCUCUCAGAGUACCUUGAGCUCUUAGUGAUUGAGACUC